GAAAACACGAGUGUGCAUCGGUGGACAGUAAUACUGUAAAGUAAUAAUAGACCAUUAGAAAUAAAUUAAAAUAAAGAAGCGGACCAAAUCAAAAGAGAAAGUCACGGGCCUCACGGCCAAUCUAUUCAUUGGUCCUGAUGUUGCACCUUAUUGCACGUGAUGAAAAUGAUUAAAAACUACCACGAUUUGAAUGGUUUCACUUUCUUUUAUCUAGCACCUUAUUCUUGUUUGCAUAGUUUCGCUUUCCUUCCUGAACAUUCUUUUAGUGAAGAACAGCCUGUGUCUUCAUUCUAUCAUCAUCUCUAACAGUUUGGGGCUUGUCCUAAGAAAUCUCUGCCUGUAAACCAAAAGGAGGGGUGCCAAAACCACCGACUUGGCUCUUGAAAUGGGUGAAGCAAAUGGAAAACAGUGGGUAAUGCUUGUGGCUGGUUCAAAGACAUGGAAGAAUUACAGGCACCAGGCCGAUGUGUGUCACGGCUAUCAGAUAGUACAUCAGAACGGGAUUCCUGACGAGCAGAUCGUGGUGAUGAUGUAUGAUGACAUUGCUUAUAAUAAGAAAAACCCUUAUCCUGGAAACAUAAUCAAUAAACCAAACGGACCGAAUGUGUAUCCAGGGGUUCCAAAAGACUACACUGGAGAGGAAGUAACACCUGGAAACUUCCUGGCUGCUCUCAGAGGAGACAGCUCUGCUGUGAAAAAGACCAAUCCAAAAGUCAUUACAAGUGGAGGGAAUGACACAAUAUUCAUCUAUCUGUCAGAUCAUGGAGGUUCAAGCAAGUUUUGUUUUCCUAACAGCACUCUUUAUGCCCAUGAUCUCAUUGAAACAAUCAACGAAAUGGCCAGAAAGAACAAGUUCUCAAAGAUGGUGAUAUACAUGGAAUCCUGUCGAUCCGGAUCGAUGUUCACCAAACUCCCCCACAACGUUCAUGUGUACGCAGUGACUGCAGCGAGAGCAGAUGAGAGCAGUCAUGCCUGUUAUUUUGACCGUGUGAGGAACACCUUUCUCUCUGAUGAAUUCUCAGCUCUUUGGAUGUACUACACUGAAGCGAAUGACCUUGCUAAUAACACAUUGCGGGAUCAGUUUAGUUAUCUUCAGGAAAUGAUGCGGAAAUCUCUCUCCUGCUGUUUUGGGGACAUGACAGUGCGUGAGCAUCUGAUCAGAGAGUUUGUGAAUAACACCCCUCCAAGAGUUCAGGGCGAGACAAGAGCUGAGGGGCUUGCAUUAACUCAUUUGACCUCUAACAAUGAAGUGCCAUUCAAAAUCUUGGAGCAUCGAAUUAAAACAGAAACUGAUGAAGACAAAAAACAACAUCUGAUCAGAAAACAUCAAACUCUUCAUCAGACUAAAGCUAAAAUUGAGAGAACAGUUGAAGCUAUCAGUCGGUACUUUGCACUUGAGGAUGCUUUGGAUGAAGAUUAUUCUCAGAUGGAUUUACAUGCGUUCAAGACUGUAGCUGAGCAUUUCAGGACAACCUGUUUUGACUGGCACGAGGAAGAGUUUCAGAUGGCCUUGUCACACACGCAUGUAUUUGCUCGUCUCUGUGCACGUGGAGUUGAAGCAGAGAGGAUCAUAGAGGUCAUAACAGCAGUCUCCAGGAGAAGGAUGUUCCUAAAGUAAUAACAACAUCCUUAAGAAGAGCGUAUGAAAUUUAGACCAAUCUCUUCCUUAUAAUAUGUGAAACUGAUGAAAGUUGCUCGUAGAUAAUAACUUUGGUUAAAAGUAGAAAGUGCAGUCUGACAUUUGUGUCAAAAUUGAGUUAUUCACAUAUUCUUAUUCUGUGACUUAUUUACAUUGUGAUGAUUUUUCUUCAUGCUGUGUACAUUGUGGGACUUGUUUUAGAAAACAAAAAGGUUCUAUCUACAAAGUCAAAUGGAAUACAGAUGGAACCGUAUAAAUACUGUAUAGCUGGUGCCGUACCUUUUGUUCACUUUUGGAUCUCAGAAACUAGUGUUCAUCUACCAAACGCUGAAAACAUUCAAAAAGAUAGAUUAUGUAUUUCAAAGUGAUUCUGUCAAC